CCCAUUCUCCAACAUCGACAACUCAUUUCCCUCCAUUUCUUCCUCUUCUUCCCAACAAACCCUAAUCCCCCAUCUCCAAUACAAAUUCAAAGCUCCCAAAAAUAGAACUAAUUAAAAGCCACAUUGAACAAGUGAGGUAAAGAAAAUCAUUUCCAUUGCAGCAUUUUCCAUCAAGUGUAAAGAUGGCAGAGAUUGAAAGUUUAAGUGAACGUGGGAGUUCAAAUGAAACAACUAACACUACAUCUAUCAAUGAAAAUUGUUCAAAGAAAAGGAAAACUAUGAAGUCUGGAUCUAUAGUGUGGGAACACUUUGAAAACUUCACUGAUUCUUAUGGAGAAACAGGAGCGAAGUGUAAGUACUGUGAUAAGUGCUAUGCUGCUCAUACAAUAGACAAUGGUGCAUCCACAUUGAUUGGUCACAUGAGAAAGUGUGCGAAAUUUCCCCAUAACGUUGAAACUAGGCAAACACAAGUAGGCUUUCAACUAAUUUCAGGUGGCCAAAUGGUUGAGGGAAAUCUUAAUCCUUGGAAAUUUGAUCAAGAACUUUGUAGCAGGGCAUUAACUCGGAUGAUAAUCGUUGACGAGCAACCUUUUAGUGUUGUUGAAAAGGAAGGUUUUAAGCACUUAAUGAAUGUCCUGCAACCUCAAUUUUAUAUUCCUUCUCGUAUUACAGUGAUUAGGGACUGUUUUGAUCUUUAUCGUGAAGAGAAACAGAAACUGAAGAAAAUUUUCGAAGAAACACGACAAAGAGUUUCUCUUACUGCCGAUACAUGAACUUCAUUGCAAGGAAUGAAUUACAUGUGUCUUACGACUCAUUUUAUCGACAAAGAUUGGACUUUGCAUAAAAAGAUACUGAAUUUUUGUCCAAUUACCAGUCAUAAAUGCGAUGAUAUGGCAACUGUUAUUAUCAAAUGUUUGCGUGAUUGGGGUUUAGAUAAGGUGCUCGCUGUUACGGUUGAUAAUUUGGAUGAUAUCACAGUAGAAGAGUUGUCUAAACGAUUUAUUAAAUGGGGAACAAAUAUAAUGGAUGGUAACCACCUUCAUAUGAGAUAUAUGGCUCACAUCAUCAAUCUUAUUGUUCAAGAAGGUUUGGAAGAAGUGGGUGAUUCUGUAAAACGUGUUAGACAAGCAGUGAGAUACAUUAAGCAAUCUUCCAAAAGGUGGAGAAAGUUUAAAGCAUGUUGCUUAUUUGAAAGGAUAACGUAUGAAAAUUCACUAUGCUUGGAUGUUCCUACUAGGUGGGAUUCCACAUAUUUGAUGUUGGAUGUGGCACAAGAAUUUGAGGAAGCAUUUGUAAGGUAUGGUGCUCUUGAUCCUGGAUUGAUGCAUUAUCUUGUUACUUAUGUUUGUGACGAUGGAAAACCUGCCGGCUCACUUGUAAGUAGUGAUUGGGAAAAUGUAAGGCAUAUGGUGAAAAUUCUGAAACCCUUUUAUGAACUUACCUUGAAGGUCUCUGGAUCACUUUAUGUCACAUCUAAUGUUCACUUUGAAGAGAUCUGUGAGCUUGAUGUUGUGUUGAAAAACUUGAUUGAAAAUGAAAAUGUUGAGAUGAGUUUGAUGGCAAAGAAAAUGGAAGAUAAACUUCACAAGUAUUUUGGUAAUCCAGAAAAGAUGAAGAUGAUUUUUAUUGCAAGUGUGUUGGAUCCUCGGAACAAAUUUGAAUAUGUUGCUUUUGCUCUUGUGAGUCUGUUUGGAGAAGAAAAAGGGGGAAAAAAUAAAUGAAGUGAAGAAAUACAUGACUUCUUUUUUUAAUGAGUAUCUAAAGAAAAAUUUAAUGGGAUCUCAACUUUUAUUGUCUUCCGCCAUUGACACAUUGGACCAUAGUCAUCCAAACCAUCAUAAAACACCAAUCUCAAAAUUGCGACAAGAAUACCAGUGACAUUUAGCCAAGGUUAAAAGUUCGGAUGUUAGAACAGAGUUGGACAAGUAUCUCGGUGAAGAACUUGAGAAUGAUAGUAAUGACUUCAAUAUCUUGCUUUGGUGGAAAGAUAAUUCACGUAGAUUUCCUAUUCUUGCAGAGAUGGCUCGUGAUGUCUUAGCAAUUCCCGUUUCUAGUGUGGCAUCAGAAAGUGCAUUUGCUACUGGAGGAUUUAUUCUUGAGUCAUUUAGGAGCUCAUUGACUCCUUCAUUGGUGCAUAUUCUUGUGUGUGCUCAAGAUUGGCUUCUAAGUGAAAUCUUUUCCUGUUAGAGUUGAGGAAAAUUUAGAUUAUCUUGAGAAACUUGAAUUGGAUUGGUUCAACAUCGGAAUAGCUUCUUUCGAUGAUAUAGAAUUGUAAGUUGCAACAUAUAAGAUGUGUGAGCAUUCUCUCUUACUCUGCCGGUUUGCUGUCAGAUUCUGUGUUAAUCGUUGAAAUUUGCUUGCUCUAUUGUGGCUUCAAAGUCUUGAGAUCCUUGACUCUGUAACUGGGAAUUUUGGAGUGCUGCUCAAUCUAUUGGUAUGCUGUAGAUUUGUUCCUUAGGUUGGAAUUGAAUUUGUGUUUUUGUGUAAGCAUGUGCAAUGCACAAUAUUUAUUGGUUGUCAGUGCUGUGGUUUUGCAUUUGCAUACACUUCGUCGAAUUAUUGCGGAAGGGAUUGCUGGUUUGGCCUUCAAAGGAACGUCGAAUAAUAUUCAUUCCGUAGUCUGCAGAAUUGCUUCCUUUUAUGUGAGUUAUGCAAUUUGAAUUACAUUAUUGACAUGCAUCAUUGGAGAUGUUACUAUU